AAAAGGUGCGGCACGAAAACAAAUGUUUGUCAGGGGUUGCCAGUGUGACAUGUCAUUGCUGCUGCUUCAAACCACGAAACACUGUGUUAGGCCUACACGAAAUACUUUUCUUGUAGUUCUUGACGAUUAGACCCACUAAUAUGCUUCGAUUUCUGGCAAUCACCGUGGCGGUGUGCUCCUUGUUUGUUCAAGAUGCACAAGCCACCGCAGUAGCCAGCAACACUCGUCGUGAGAUCGAGUUGGAGGAAGAACUUCUAAGGGCUUUGGAGACAGAGCGCACGGUCCCUCCUGCUUGUCUCCAGAUAACUGAGGAAGUUUGCAUACAAUCUGCAUGCUACUAUGUGAUGUCGUCACCUUGUAGCGAGGACACCAUUUUCGCCGAAGUAAAUUACACAAACGGAGAAGCAUUCUUUGCAGUGGAUGUCGAAACAGACAGAGUUUUUAAAGAAACGGUUCCAGAUUACAACGUAGAUUCAGCACAUACGUCAGAUAGCUUCGUAUUGUGCGACAACGGCAAGAACUACCAAGUGACAGUAAGCGAAAUCAUCCUUGGCAACGAGGACACCAGCAUCAAAAUUAACAAGUUUUGCAUGCUGGAACGCCUCGACGAAUCCAUCAGCUGGAGUGAGCUUCAAGAGGUGCUCAGAGCAGGAUAUCACCGGCCACCUCGCGGGUGAAGCGGAAGGAGAUACAUGGUGAUGGGAACGAUUGUAAGGCGCAAUGCGCACAAUCAAAAAUAUAUAUUUUUUUCAUUUAAAUUAAAGGCAGUGGACACUAUUGGUAAUAUUACUCAUAAUAAUGAUUA